UGACCACUAUCGUCCUUCUUCUUCUUCUUCGACUCGGCAAGAAAGAGAGAGAAAGACGAAGACACAACAGAGAUGAGCGGCCACGACUCCAAGUACUUCUCCACCACCAAGAAGGGUGAAAUUCCCGAGCUCAAAGAGGAGCUCAAUUCUCAGUACAAGGAUAAGAGAAAAGAUGCUGUUAAGAAGGUGAUUGCUGCAAUGACCGUUGGGAAGGAUGUUUCAUCUUUGUUCACGGACGUGGUGAAUUGCAUGCAAACCGAGAAUUUGGAGUUGAAAAAGCUUGUUUAUCUGUAUCUUAUUAAUUAUGCGAAAAGUCAACCUGACCUAGCAAUUCUUGCAGUAAAUACAUUUGUGAAGGAUUCACAGGAUCCAAAUCCUUUGAUUCGUGCUUUGGCUGUGCGGACAAUGGGAUGCAUACGAGUUGAUAAAAUCACAGAGUAUUUGUGUGAUCCCCUCCAGAGGUGUCUUAAGGAUGAUGAUCCAUAUGUUCGCAAGACUGCAGCCAUAUGUGUCGCAAAGCUUUAUGACAUAAAUGCUGAGUUAGUUGAGGACAGAGGCUUUUUGGAAUCUCUCAAGGAUUUAAUAUCUGAUAAUAAUCCAAUGGUUGUUGCAAAUGCUGUGGCUGCUCUUGCAGAGAUACAGGAGAAUAGCAACAGUCCCGUUUUUGAGAUCACCAGUCAUACGCUCUCAAAGCUACUUACUGCCUUAAAUGAAUGCACUGAGUGGGGCCAAGUUUUUAUCUUGGAUGCUCUUUCCAGAUACAAGGCAGCUGAUGCUCGUGACGCUGAAAAUAUAGUUGAGCGAGUUACACCACGGCUACAACAUGCUAAUUGUGCAGUUGUACUUUCAGCUGUCAAGAUGAUCCUCCAGCAAAUGGAACUUAUCACCAGUACGGAUGUGGUUCGAAAUCUUUGCAAAAAGAUGGCUCCUCCUCUUGUGACAUUACUUUCUGCAGAACCUGAGAUACAAUAUGUUGCAUUGCGAAACAUCAAUCUUAUAGUACAAAGACGACCAACAAUCCUUGCCCAUGAAAUUAAGGUGUUUUUCUGCAAGUACAAUGACCCAAUCUAUGUGAAAAUGGAGAAAUUAGAAAUCAUGAUAAAGCUUGCUUCUGACAGAAAUAUAGACCAGGUUCUGUUGGAAUUCAAAGAGUAUGCAACAGAAGUAGAUGUCGAUUUUGUCAGAAAGGCUGUUCGUGCUAUUGGUCGCUGUGCCAUCAAGUUAGAAAGAGCUGCUGAGCGGUGCAUAAGUGUUUUGCUCGAACUCAUCAAGAUUAAAGUAAACUAUGUGGUUCAAGAGGCGAUUAUAGUCAUUAAAGAUAUCUUUAGAAGAUACCCCAACACCUACGAGUCUAUCAUUGCAACACUCUGUGAAAGCUUGGACACUUUAGAUGAGCCAGAAGCUAAGGCAUCAAUGAUCUGGAUAAUUGGCGAAUAUGCAGAAAGAAUUGACAAUGCUGACGAGCUUCUUGAAAGUUUUUUGGAGAGUUUCCCUGAAGAGCCUGCACAAGUCCAACUGCAGUUGCUGACUGCAACAGUUAAACUUUUUCUUAAGAAGCCAACUGAAGGCCCACAGCAAAUGAUUCAGGUCGUUUUGAAUAAUGCCACUGUGGAGACAGAUAAUCCUGACCUGCGGGAUCGCGCAUACAUAUAUUGGCGGCUCUUGUCAACUGAUCCUGAGGCAGCUAAGGAUGUUGUGUUAGCUGAGAAACCUGUGAUAAGUGAUGAUUCAAACCAACUAGAUUCAACUCUUUUGGAUGAGCUUCUCGCCAACAUUGCCACACUAUCUUCUGUGUAUCACAAGCCCCCAGAAACAUUUGUUACCCGUGUGAAGGCCACAGCCCAGAGAACUGAAGAUGAUGACUAUCCCGAGGGGAGUGAAACGGGAUACUCUGAGUCAUCUUCUCAUGCAGCUGAUGGUGUUGCAUCACCUCCAACUAGUUCAAGUGGUGUUCCAUAUUCUGGUGCAAGGCAACCAGCUCCUGCACCACCUGCACCUGCACCUCCUGCUCCUGUGCCAGAUUUGCUUGGUGAUCUGAUAGGCCUUGACAAUAAUGCUAUUGUUCCUAUUGAUCAGCCUGUUGCUCCUUCUGGCCCUCCAUUGCCAGUUUUACUACCAGCAUCAUCUGGCCAGGGUUUACAAAUCUGUGCACAGCUGACACGGCAGGACGGUCAAAUAUUUUACAGUUUAUUAUUUGAGAAUGGCUCACAAAUUCCGCUUGAUGGGUUCAUGAUUCAGUUUAACAAGAAUACAUUUGGUCUUGCUGCUGCUGGGCCCUUGCAGGUUCCACCUUUGCAACCUGGGGCAUCAGCUAGGGCUCUUCUGCCCAUGGUUAUGUUUCAGAAUAUGUCUCAAGGUCCCCCAAGCUCACUUUUGCAGGUUGCUGUGAAAAACAAUCAACAGCCAGUGUCCUACUUCAAUGAUAAAAUUCCAUUUCAAGCAUUCUUUACUGAGGAUGGAAGAAUGGAGCGUGGUAGCUUCCUUGAGACAUGGAGGUCCCUUCCUGAUUCAAAUGAGAUUUCCAAGGACUUUCCUGACAUUGUGGUGAACAGCAUGGAAGCUACUUUAGACCGGCUGGCUGCAUCAAACAUCUUCUUUAUUGCAAAGCGCAAGCACGCAAACCAGGAUGUAUUCUACUUCUCUGCUAAAAUCCCUCGAGGGGUGCCAUUUUUGAUCGAACUCACUACUGUCAUCGGAACCCCUGGGGUCAAGUGUGCGAUCAAGACUCCAGGCCCAGAAAUGGCUCCUCUAUUCUUUGAAGCCAUUGAGACUCUCAUCAAGGGUUGAAUAAUCCGUUGAGUAAUGUUUUGAUGUGUAUGAUUUUAUAUUUCUUAGCUUCCUGUUAUUAUUUGUAAAAUCUAUAGUUACUGCCGAGAUUUUGGUUGAUCCCUUCUCUCUCUCUCUCUCUCUCUCUCUCUCUUUUUUUUUUUUGGUGGUCUUUAUUAUUCUUGUGUUCAGCAUCAGCUGUCCUGCCACUGACACUGACACUGACACUGUCUUUAAUUUGUUCAGACUGGAGAUUGUUCGGCGAGUUUUCUGUUCUGAUGAGGGGUCAAAUGUCUGGCUUUUUUUGCCCUUUUCCUUUUUCUUCUCGAAUGAUACUUUAGAAGUUUGUGAUUUUGAGUUUAGUUCAAAAUUAAAUUAAAUCAGUUUUAUUA